CCAUGCCGGGGUUUCCCGCUCCUCGCUCCUCGCCAGCCCACGAAAAGGGAUCCAAAGAGGCCAUCACCGAGGCUCAAAAGAAGGACGGGAAAAAGCGCAAGGGCGGCCGCAAGGAGAGCUACUCCAUCUACGUGUACAAGGUGCUGAAGCAGGUGCACCCCGACACAGGCAUGUCUUCCAAGGCCAUGGGCAUCAUGAACUCCAUCGUCAACGACAUCUUCGAGCACAUCGCCAUCGAGGCGUCGCGCCUGGCGCACUACAGCAAGCGCUUGACCAUCGUGUCGGGAGAGGUGCCGACGGCCGUGCGCCUGCUGCUGCCCGGGGAGCUGGCCAAGCACGCCGUGUCUGCGGGCCCCAAAGCCGUCACCCAGCACAACAGCUCCAAGUGAUCGCGCCUCGGGCGCCCGAAUCCAAAGGGAGAGCCACCCAAACGGUCAAGAAAGGGUUUCGA